AUAGGGUACAGCGCGUUGUUGGAAGUGGUUAAGUGUGCGGGUGUUGAUAACUUAUAUUUUAUGAAACAAGUCUGUACUUCUGUUUUUCGUUAUGUUAUUGUGCUGUAGGUGUAAAUAAAUUAUGAAACAUCAUUUAUGGUUUCAAGGCAAUACAAUAUACAUUAUUUUUCCAGAUUGCAAAAACAAUAAAAUACCGUGAGUAAAAGGGCUGGUUUUAAACAAUCAAAAAGUCUAAUGAAGUGACAAAAACGGAAUGGGAGACAGUUGUGUAUACAGUAUCUGACAAUUUGAACAAGCUGAGACCCAUCAUGGCGCUAUCUGAAGAGGAAACCCAAGAUGUACUUUUAAGUCUCCAAAACGGCGACAAUGCUACAAAAAAUAAUGCGUGUCUUCAACUUGAAGUGAGGACCAUCCUGAACACCGAGUAUUUGUCUGCGGGAACUUUGGAUUUAAGCAGAAAAAAUCUUCAUUUCAUUACAGAUGACAUUUUAAGACUGUCAAAAAUACAAAAUUUAUAUCUUGAAGGAAAUGAAAUCUGCAAGAUUCCUGACAACUUUUUUAACAGUUUAUCAAGUCUCAUCUGGUUAGAUCUGAGGAACAACAAAAUUACAUGCCUCCCUCCAGAAAUUGGGCAACACAGGGGUCUUAAAACAUUAUUAUUGGAAGGCAACCCAAUUAAGGAACUUCCAGUACAGUUGGGUAAUCUGAUAACUCUCAGAGCACUGAGCCUGAGGCACUGUCCAAUUGAAUUUCCUCCUCAAGAAAUUGUUCACCAAGGUCUGCAGUGUAUUCUUAAAUUCUUAAGGAGUACUGUGUCUGGUAAACCUGUCAAUGUAAGAAGCUCUCUCCAAGAGUUGCCUCCAGUUGAGAAGCUGAAGUUGACUGACUUGGUAAAAUCAAGUUCAGAUUUUUCUGAAGACUGGCCUAAUCAAGAGGAAAUGCAAAAGUUUGAAAAGUUAAAACAGGAGAUGAUCCGUAUUGAAAAGGCUGAUAUUGGGGAUGGCUUCUCGCAUCAGUUUCCCCAUCAGCUGGCAACAGAAGCUGAUUUUGAUGCCAGAAUCCAUGUCAUUCCAUGUAUUAAAAGAAGAAACGAUGUACUUCAAGGUACAUUUCCAGAGCUCCCACCAUAUGAAAUGCACUCUCCAAAGAAACCUGAGGAACGAAAAUUAGCUGCUUUAAAGGAAUUUAAUGAAAGACAAGCCUUACUUGAACAACGUAAGAAUUUCAGAAAGCAGGGCUGUAUUCUGACAAAUAACACAGUGCAUUUGCUGGAGUGCCAGAAACGGAGAGAUCUGUAUGUUGUUUCCACAAACAAGAGCAGUAAUCAGGGAGAUGCAGAAGUACUGAAAGAGUGGAGAGCAAAAGCAAAGAUCAUGCAAGAGAAGAAAGCUAUGGAGCACAAACAAGAGAGAAAAAAACAGAUCAAAAGAGAUGAGAAUUUUAAAAAGAUAGCUUCCAGCUGUGUUGAGGUUGAGCCGAGGUUCAGACAGUCUUUAUCGACAGUGCCCUUUACUAGUGUUUCUGAAAGGCCCCAGUGCAGUCAGUGUGUGGAAUCUGUGAAGCAGCAGCCAAAAAUCAUCGGUGAGCCACUUCCAGAGGUUGUGAAAAGUGCACCAUAUGCAAUGGAUUCAGAUGUCUGUCAAUUAGCUGACAACCUUGAAUCAGUAAAUAAAAAUAUACACAGGCUGCAGAACUUAGAGAAAUACAGGACUGGGAAAUCUUUAAAGGAACUUGAUGAGGAAAGGACUAGAAGAUGCAAAUAAACCAUAAAGCAGACAGUUUAAUUAAUCACAGGAUGACAUUCUUUUUCAACAUGAGCUUCAUCUGUACUAAUAAUACUCCUAGUGAGAUUUUCCAAAAACCUUUUAUUUUAUGUUGCCAUGGAACAAAGUUAUCAAAGUCAUUAUAUUAUCAGAGACAUUAUAUUCUGAUGCUACUAAAGGUUUUUGAAGAUUCACAAUUGUUACCAUUGAGGUAUUUUCCUAAACCCCUUUCCCAGCUGCAGAUAUAAGUAGAACUACUGUAUCUUACUGUAGGUCCUCUUUAUGGUAGGGUAACAACUACUGUAUGUUGAUAAUGUUUUAUAUCUUCAUACAAUUCUGAGUGUUUUUCUUUUGUGUUCAGUGACCUUUAACAACCGCUGGCAAUUACUUUAACUUUCCAACACUUCUAUACAAUUUCUGAUGCUUUUUGAAACUAUUAGAUGACUAAACAUCAGAGGAUUACAUUUAUUUUCAAUGUAGGGUAUGAAUAAAUAUGAUCAUCAU